GCGGGUAGAAGAGUCCUACAGUGGCAGAGGAAGCGGCUGGACGUGUUCGCCUGCGGUCCUCCUGUUACCGGCAUCUCGCAAUCCCUCUGCAUCGACCGCCGCUCUCCAGCUUCCGUGCCAACUCGGGCAUUAGGACCCGCGCUCCUGUCUCACACCUUGCCGGGCUGGUCUCGACUUUCGAAGGGAGCCGGUGCGGCGCAAAGCUCUGACGGACGGCGGGGGCGGCCGGAGCCUUUUCCCCAGGGAGCCGCGCCUGAGGAGGCGGAAGAGCCCCCCCUGACGCGGCCGGCGUUUGCUGCCGCCUCGGCCCCUCCCGCGCUCGUCCGGACCGCCCCCCCCCCCCCCCAGGCCACUGCCCCUGCCGCGGAGGCGGCGGCGGCGGCGGCGGCGGCGGCGGCCCCUCUUGCCCACCGGCGCUCCGCCACUCGCCUCUCGGCUCCGGAACCCGUCGGUUAGGCUCCCUUCGAGUCCCCGCUUGCCCCCCUUCCCUCCCGUCGCCCCCUCUCCCCGACCCCGCCCGAGCCCGGCACCUCGACCUCCCCCGGCCAUGGCGUGCGGAGCGACUCUGAAAAGGACUCUGGAUUUCGACCCGCUGCUGAGCCCGGCGUCCCCGAAACGGCGGCGAUGUGCGCCAUUGUCGGCGCUCACCUCGGCCGCCGCCUCCCCGUCGUCUGCGACAGCGGCCACCGCCGCCUCCUUCUCGGCCGCCGCCGCCUCGCCGCAGAAGUAUCUCCGCAUGGAGCCUUCGCCCUUCGGCGACGUGUCCUCCCGCCUCACCACAGAACAAAUUCUGUAUAACAUAAAACAAGAGUAUAAACGCAUGCAGAAGAGAAGACAUUUAGAAACUAGUUUUCAACAGACAGAUCCAUGUUGUACAUCUGAUGCUCAGCCACAUGCAUUUCUCCUAAGUGGACCAGCUUCACCAGGGACUUCGUCUGCAACAUCCUCACCAUCAAAAAAAGAACAGCCCUUAUUCACUCUACGGCAGGUUGGAAUGAUCUGUGAACGCUUGUUGAAAGAACGUGAAGAGAAAGUUCGAGAAGAGUAUGAAGAAAUACUUAACACAAAACUUGCAGAACAAUAUGAUGCAUUUGUGAAGUUUACGCAUGAUCAGAUAAUGCGACGAUAUGGAGAACAGCCUGCUAGUUAUGUUUCAUGAAUAAAAUUUUCUGCAUUUGUUGGCUGCCUUGUUCCUUGUUGAGUUGUUGCAAGAGGUCCCAGUUAUGACAUGCAGCAAUGCCAAUACGCCCUGUGAUACAGGUUAUUUCAAGUUUUCGUCAGUGGCAAACACUCUUAGGCAGCAGCUGGUUUUGGAAAUUCCCCUGUCAGUACCACCUGGAUGUGGACCUUUGCUACCAGUGGCCUCAUUUGCUGUUAUUACAAUUUGGCUUCUUACAUUAAUAUGUUUAAAAAGGAUUAAAACUGGUAUUCCAGGAACAUGCCCUUCACUGGUUGUGUAAAUAAAACUGUAGAAUGACACUUCAGAUGAAGUUAGUGUGAUUUUAAUUGUGCACUACUACAACCAAGAUGUAACCAGUUUAUUAAUAAUUUAGACUGUAAUCCCAGGACAUUUUAAAGCAAAUAGCCUACAGUGCUUCCUGUGAAAUAGUGGAGGAGGGCAUUUCUGUGUACCAGGACUUCUUGGGGCUUCAGAAUGGGUUUAUAUGAUUACUUUUUUUUUUUUUGGUAGUUUUUAUUUAUUCUAUUGGUCUUUUUAACAAAUGUUUAUUGCUGCAUUCUCCCCCUCUCCCCUACAGUGUAUCAUUGUUUUACUGCCCUUGUAGUACUGGAAUUUAGUUGAAAGAAUAAACCAUUUACUUCUAA